GAGUGACUACUGAUGCUACAGUAAUCUGCACUGUGUGAGUCAGUGCUGUGGUGAGCAGAGCAGCAACAGAAGCAGCAGCAGUGUGAGACACGUUUCACUCUCACGAACGUCAACAACGCAGAAGAGCAGGAUGGGAAAUCUGAGCAGCUAGGCAAGAGGAGGAAGUGAGACAGCCCUAUAGAAAGCAAGCAGUGAGAGGGAGAAGCAAGAGGACAGAUCGACGGCUUCUUUUUUUGACUGCCACCUUUUUUCGCUGUUGAAAGACUGACUGUGGAAGAUCACUGACUUGCCAUUUGGAUUGACAGAUCAGUCUGAACUGAUCCGGCGGAAGACAAAGUUUACUAUUAAACAUUGGAGGUGGCAUCAGGCUUAGGACUUGACGUGUUGCAGGGAUGUCCUGGUUGUCUCCGGUCCAGUGGGCGAAAUGGACAUGGUCAGCAGUGACUGGGAGUGUAGAAGAUGAUGGGCAGCCUGGAGCAAAGGAUGAUGGAGAGGACAAUUCAGACUCGGAGGGAGCCUUUGAGACUCCAGAGGCGGAGUCUCCAGGUGUUGUGAAGCUACUGAGCCAACUGGACAACUCCAACCACACAGCUCUUCCUGAUGUUACAAACCACUUUCUGGACAAGAACUCUAACCAGGAUGUUGGCACAGUUUCAUUCCAAGAGGUUGAUUCCCUGAACAACCUCACCAGCUCCUCGCCAAACAACAGCAGCUUCAGUGUGGAUCAGAAUCUUAAUUUUACCCUAAGCACCAAACACAGUCCAGGAGAGGGCCUCUCCCCAUCCACUCCUCUGCCCCAGCCUCAGGCUCUCCGGCCUCCGUCGCUGUCUGUCCUCUCUCCGCUGAACAAACCCGAUCCCUCGGAGGUGGAUGACGAGGCUCCGGUGACGCCAGACUCCAGCCCAGACUCAAACUUGAUCCCCAGUCAUGACAUCUGUGUGGACCCUGAUUUGCUCAAUGGCAACAUGAACUCUGACACUGUGCUGUCAAACACAAAACUCAUCUGUGAGACCAACGACACCAUAAUCACGACUGCCGAGCAAGUCCAUUUCCUCUGUGCUCUGUUGAACUCCUGUAAGAUGAAGCAGAACCAGCUGAUGCAGAAGGACUUUGCUGGACAGGAUGACCAUCAUGGAGGCCACGCCACAGAUGAGGAGAAGUUGGCGAGCAGUGCAGGUGUCAAACCAGACAAAGACCAAAGCAUCCAAGACUGCCAUGUGACAUCCAACCCUGAGGAGUCAGACUGCUGCUCUGUGCAGUACGAGGACACGUGCAAACUGAAGAACAAAUCAAGGGGAAGUGAGAUGCAGAAAACAGGAAGUCAGGUCCUGGAUUCCAUCUGCAUCAGUGAAGCAGAAAAGCAGGCCGUUCUCACCCUCAUUAGAGAGGAGAUCAUCACUAAAGAGGUGGAAGCCAACGACUGGAAGAAAAAAUAUGAGGACUGCAGACAAGAAGUCAAUGAGAUGAGGAAGAUUGUUGUAGAGUAUGAGAAGACAAUUGCUCAGAUGAUCGAGGACGAGCAGCGCAACAGUAUGAGUUCCCAGAAGGCUUUGCACACAGUGACAAUGGAGAAGGAAGCCGCCCUGGCAGAUCUGAACUCUGUGGAGCGCUCUCUAUCUGACGUGUUUCGGCGUUAUGAGAACAUGAAGAGCACCCUGGAGGGCUUUAAGAAAAAUGAAGAGGUGCUGAAGAAGUGUGCGCAGGAAUAUCUUGCCAGAGUGAAACAGGAGGAGCAGAGAUACCAGACACUUAAACUCCAUGCUGAGGAGAAACUAGAGAAGGCCAAUGAGGAGAUUGCUCAGGUGCGUGCGAAGGCGAGCUCAGAGAGCAUGGCGCUGACCGCCGGCCUGAGGAAGGAGCAGAUGAAGAAUGAGUCUUUGGAACAAGCUCUGCAGCAGAAGAAUCAAGAGAUCGAGGAACUCACAAAGAUCUGUGAUGAGCUGAUUGCCAAAAUGGGAAAAAUAGACUGAGAGACGGUUCCUGUGGAUCAGCUACUACUAUCCCUCUGGUCCUGCCUACAGUGACGCCCCGUGCAUGCUCCCAGCCAAGAAGCAGCUCUUAUACCCUGUGCCAGCCCUGCAUCUCAGAGACUGCUUAUGUAGAAAUUUAUAAAGUAACUUCCUGUACACUACUAUUGCACUACUUGUGACCAGAAUCAAGAAGGUUCUGUAAAUGAUAGUUAUUGUUGGGACUUUGUUAUAUGUGGUCACUUUGUUUUGUUUGCAUUUAUUGCCCAUUAUGAGGUCAUCUGGACCCCUUGUGCUUUCAUCCAUCAUGCCAGCGAACAACACCCUGCUUGUGACUCAACUUAAAUUCCCAGCAGCUUAACGGCUAAAUUCCUAGCAUAAUGCUCCUGCAGGAUGACAUCAGGUUUAAUGCGGGCUGGAGUUGUUUUGGAGUUUCACAUGGGCGUUUGACGAGGAUUAUUUAAAAGCAACAAUAAAAUAAAAUGUAUUUUUCUAUGUUGUAAGCAAAGAGUUAACUCUGAAAAAGAGAAGCUCAGGGUUAUUGUGUGUGGGGCAGAAUGAGGUCAGGGGUAAAGUCAAGCUGCACAAGAGCUAAAGAAAAGGAUUUAGGAGUGUUUGAGGAAGUAAAGUAGUCCUCAGGGGCCUUGGUUUGUUCAGGAGUGACACUGAAACCAGAAGGAAUAUGAAACAUAUUUCAGUGGAACUAAAGCUGCAUUUUCUUCACCGGAGUUACACUAUUACACAGUUGAGAUUCUAGACAGUUCAAGUUUCUGCAGAAUGUUUAUCAUUCACAGAGAAGUAUAAUCACCUGACAUCCAUGGACUUUCCUGUGACUGUAUAAACUUUGUGUCAUAUUCUUGUCUGAUCCAGAGACAACUUUAUCCUGAAGUAUAAAUCACAGCUCGUCACUAACUAUCCCAUGUUAAGAUUCGUGAAGAUGGAAAAAGUAAAGGCAUAACAGCACCAUAUUUUCUUGAGGAUAGUAAUAUAAUAAAGUGCUGCAAUAUGUCA